UUUGAAAAGCCCGUGUGAACAACGCGGAACCAAAGUCUAGCAGCAAGCGUUUCGCCCCGAACAGCAAUCUUAGACGGAAUUUUUCCUGUUUACGCUUCAACGUGGGUUUGUUUGAUAGUCUGUUGAAGUCAAAGUAGUGGGAUGAAAAGUUUCCUUUCCUGGCGUGAAUAAUCGGAUCGAUCAAAAUGGGUAAAAAGCGGCCCGGCGAUGCCUCGGCGGAGCCCGAGUCUCCGGCGAAGAAGGAGAAAGCUCCGGAGUUUAACGGGACGGUGUUUAAAAGCAUGCUGAAAAACCCCACCACGGCCAUGAAGGGGCUGGAAAGAUUCAUAUCCACCGCGAAGAAGCUGCCGAGCCCCGACCUGUACGACGUGGUCGAGGGUUAUGUGAAAAUCUCCAUGGAGUGUGCAGAAAUAUUCAAGCUGCUGGAAGCAGAAAAGCCCGCAGAAAGCGAGAUGAUGCUGGUUUUCGGCAGCUUGGAGGCGAUCCUGCUGCGGACAGCCAGCGACCUGUCCCACUUCAACGCGGUCGGGAAUGUCGUCGUGAAAAAGCUUCUCUCCAGCCACAUGAAACUUCUGCAAGGGUCCUUUUAUUCGGCCAAUCACGGGUUUGUCCGCCAGUGCCUCAACCUGCUGUCCGCCAUGGUGUCUCAGGGAGUGGAAGCUGCCAGAGAGGUUUUCGGUCACGUUCAAACCAAAACACUUUCUGGACUGGCAAAGAGAAGAGAUAAACGGGGUAAACCGGACGUCAGACUGGCUUUUAUCCAGUUUGCGCUGUCCUUUUUGGUGUCCGGAGACAGCGCCAUCAUUGGGCACGUUUUGGAGGUUAAAGAGCUCCUGCCGCACAUCCUGAACACCGGUCUGAAGGAGGAUAGGCUGUCCACGGUCAAUUUGAUUUUGUCAACGCUGAAGACGAGGGUCGUGUUAAACAAGGCCAUCACUAAAACGCAGAAGGUGCGCUUUUUCACCCCCGCCGUGUUGUCCAACGUGGCGUCUCUGUACAAGUGGAGCGGGAUUGCCGACGCGGCCGCCGACGACAGCGCGAUGGCGGAGGACUGCGACGCUGCCGGGACGUCCGUCGUCCGGGAACUCGUCCACGGCUUCCUCGUCGACCUGUGCUGCUCUCGAAAGCACGGCAUCAACUUCCACGACCCCAGCUUCGGCACAGCCGGCAGACCUGGCAACCUCGUCUUGCUCCAGUUCUUGGUCGGGCUGAAGCAGGCGACCGAAGACGAGCUGGUGGCGGAGCUGGUGGUGAACGCGCUGAAAGCGAGCCCAGACAUCCUGUCCCGAUUUUUCAAGGAGACUCAGUAUUCGUACGCCCCGCGGCUCAGAAGUGCUUGGCAGGAUAACGUCAAGCUCCUUAAAAGGAUCUACGAGGCUCAGCCGGACAUUUCCACGAUCUUUCAAACGGGAGAGAUGAUUCCUUUGCCUCGUUUGUUGUCGAUGAUCAUGGUCAUCUCUCUUCCUCCUGUGUGCAACAAGGCCUUCUUCAGACAGGGCCUCAGCCUCGCAAACGCAACGGCGCAGCUCACCACCGUGUCCACGAUCAAUUUCAUCCUGAAAAAAGCCGCCAAGAACGUGGAGUACCUCUCGGACAAGUCCGCGUGGCUCAAGUCCGAUCUGUACGCCGCCGACGCGAUGGAGGAGCUCGUGCAGCAGUACAGGGAGGCCCUCGGCAAGGUUUUGCCCGACAUGACGCUCAUCAUUUCGACGUGGCAGUCUCUCAGCAAGAAGGGAAAGGCCGACGGUGACGAUCAGAAAACCAGAAAGGACGAGGGCGCUGGGCCGGCUGAGGAUAAAAACGAGUUACCCGAGAAGGCCGAGGUUGUCGUGCUGAAGGCCUUUAUUCUUCAAGUCAUAUGUCUUUACCAGAAGGUGGUCCCGCAUCUCGUAACGCAGUCCAAAUUUGACUUUAGCAAACUCCUGAAAGGAAUUGUGUCGGAGAAAGGACUGAAGGAAGAAAUCCCUCCGGUCUUGCAGUAUCAGAUCCUACAAUUGGCUUUAGAUCUUCCCGCAAACAAGUUCUCCUGGUUUCGCCUGCAGGACGUAAGUUCAGAGCCGUCCUCCGGGGAGAAGUCGGUCCUCUACCUGCUUCUGAAGAUGUUUCUGAGCAGCAGCAGCCACCUGAGUUCGGCCACGCGGAAGCUGGUCCUAAAAGUGUUGAGGGACACUGGAGUGUUUGAGUACACCUUCACUGAGCUUGACCUCUGGCUGGACCAGCUGGCAAGAAUUAAACCAGACCAACAAGAGGCAGUGAUCCAUUUCCUGGAGAGGGUGUUGGUGAAGUUGGUGAGCAAUUCCUACGACUACACAGAUAGAGUUGCAGGUUUCGUUCAGGAUGCAGCGAACCUUCAGGCCAACCUGAGCGUCCAGGAGGGGGAGGCAGCGAGCGUCCCAGUCUCGCACAUAGAUGAUGUUUUAGACAUGCUGGACGUCAUUAUGGAGGGCAGUGAUGGAGAGAUGGAGGAGUUCGGGCCGACUCUGAGUGAAGACCUGAUUGUGCAAACCUUUCCCUUCAGUGCAGUGGUGCCUGCUGCUCUGGAAGCUCGAAACAACCUUCCAGCUGACAAAGGGGUCGUAUGUGAAUACCUGUCUGCGGUGCUCUCUGAUGUGCUGCACUGUCAGAGAGACCCGCUCCCCCUCUGUUUGGCUCUCCAGCAGUACGACAAAGAGCUCGCCUCCUCCCAGCCCGCUCCUUUCCAUCAGUCCAUCGCAAACCUCCACCGGUACUACUCCAGAUGGCUGCCGCAGCAGUGCCGAGAAGAGCUGUUCAAGUCUUCUGAGAGUCUUUCGAAGGAACCGGCAGCCCCAAGCUCCUGCUCAGCGCUAAUUAAAGCCGCAUACGUUCAGGGACCGGGUGCUUUGCUCAAGGACACGUUCAGGCAAAAUGCAGAAAAAGCCCUGGCUUUCAUGUCACUGGCAGAGUUUCCGGUGUUAAUCAAGCAGAUUUUACUUUACAUUAAAUCCACGGUGGAAAGCUUUGGGAAGUUCUCCAAAGAACACGGGGAUGCCUUUCUGAGGACCCUAAUGGAAAUGCUCCAGGAUGUAGUAACCAAACUGCAAAGUUUCGAGGAGACUAUAAAUGAGGAGCCAGCGGCAGAAAAGCCCCAGGAGGGAUCGGAUCUCUUUUUGGAGCUCGACCAAUCGUCGUCGACGGAACGCAAUAAAGAACAGAUUGUUGUUUCAGCUCUGGGCUCCAUCUUCAAGCAUCCGUGUCUGGAGCAGUGGUUUCUGGCCCUGGAGCUGGCUGCGCUGCCCCCCCACUCUCUGAAGCCCGUUCCACUAAAGCGCUUAUGCGCUCAGCUGACAGACGGCGUUCUGAGCCUGCUGAAGAUCAGUGCGCCAGUUCUCGACGAACUCCAGUGUCUGGGGCUUAUCUCUAGCUACAUGGGGGCUAUAGAGAGGACCGCUCUGAAGGAACUGGCUGAAAGGGGAUCAAAACCUCCAAAGACAUACUCUAGGUCUCUCCAGGCGCUUAUUUCUUUGCACGGCUACAUGGACUCCACGGAUCUCAGAGAACUGCUCUCCAGGCUGCUUCUCCUGCCUCACGAAAGCCUCGUCUGUUCCGCCGGCGAAGGGACGCAGUCGGAGCUCAGCGUUUACGGCCGCGUCGCGCUGCAGAUCCUCACCAAGUAUUACUCUGCUUCCUCUGAGAACCAAAACGCGUUUCUGACUCCAGCGCACCUCCACGGCUUGGGCACCCUUCUCCUGUCGUGCUCCAGCCCCGAGCUGGAAGCCUUCCUGCUCCAGGCUCUGUCCAGCAGGCCGGGCAGCGCCAGGCUCAUCCACACGGACGUGCUGCUGCACUGCCUCCGCCGGCCUCUGCCAGACUCCCUGGCCGUCGCCUCUCUGCUGCUGCAAAACUGCUCGUCUCACCGCCUCUGCUUCGAGGUGUGGUGCGAGGAGCCCGCCAACAUGGAGAAGGUGUCUGAGGGAAAGGCUUUUCUUCCACUUAUCACGACCUAUCUACAGCUGGCCCAAGGAGAAGACCCGGCCAGACCAAAAGAUGUGCAACAAGCGGUUUUAAAAGCCAUGAAACAAGCACUUCUUCCCAGGUUUUCUCAGAGUAUUCUGGGAACCCUGGCCGAGGACUCUGGAGUCGAUCUUGUAGAAGCGGCUGCAGGUCUGAUCAAAGCCUCUGCAGACGUGAACGACGUCCGGGAUUUGAUCAAAAACCUUCCGGAGGCUCUUCAAAAAGCAGAGAGCUUUGAAAGAUGGCGUCUAGUAGAUGUUAUAACAGAAAAGAUGGCUGAUUGCGCUGAGGAGCAGGAAAAAUGGAGGAGAUGUGUUGUCGCUGCAGCCCUGAAGUGUCUAACGGCCUCAUACUGCCGCUCUAAAGAUCAGGCUGCUUCUCCAUCAGACCAGGAGCGGGGGGUCUUAAAAAGACUGCAGCAACUCCUGAAAUCUGCGGAAGACAUCAGCCCGUCUGACUGGAACGGUUUUGUCAAAAACGGAUUAAAGUAUCGCUACGGUAAUCAGCACUUCCUGAACACCCUAAGCAGUCUGUUGGAGGUGAUGUACGGAAGUACGGACUCCCAAAAGGAUCUGAUUCCUCUAUCCACCCUCCAUAUGAUGAGCACCAGCCACUCUCAGUUCCUGCCCACCAUGCUUGACGCCAGUGAGGAGCCUGAUGCAUGCCAAGCCAAAGAAGCGUUAGUAUCACUUCUUCUUUGUCUGGUGAAGAAGUGCCCAAAGGUGUGCAACGUAAAUCACUUUGUUGUACUUUUGGCUGCAUACGGAGCGACACUUUCAACUGCAGAUCAAAAACUGUUACUGCUUCUGUGGGAGUAUGAAAGAAACCAAGUCAGCUUGCUGAGAUUUCAAUCGUUCCUGUGGGGCCCUGCAGCUGUAGAGCAUCACAAGACCAGAAAAACCCUGGGAGCUUCUCUGUGGAAACAGCCGAGCUCAGACGACGUGUUGGCUCUGCUGAAAGCCGACAGGAUGCUCCAAACGAUUUUAAAGUUUCCACAGGGGCGCAGAAUUAUCCCCCAGGAAGGUUCUGAGCCGCUGUACAGUAAUGAUGCCGUGAAGAACCUCGGGGAUCUGUACGAUCCCUGCUUCCUUUUGCCCCUUUUCAGUGCUAUACUUCAACCAGAAUGUGUUAUUGACUGCUUCAAGUUCGUAUCCUGCCACGCUCUUGGCGUGACCAUGAUGGCUCUCAGUAGCUCCGACCCGAACGUGAGAGCCGCAGCGUACCAUGUCCUGGUCUGUUUCUACCAACAUCUGGAGGGUGCUCGGUUCAGAGAGAAGAGACAGCUGCUUUAUUUAAUGGACAUCGUCAAGAAUGGAGUUCCCAAGCAGAAUCAUAGACUUCCUUUCAUCCUGGCUAUUUACAUCAGCAAAGUGGCUCAGCAGAUGCUUAGGCCCGAGGACCACAUGUACGUGGUGUUAAACAGAUUUCUGCUGUCACACCAGAGUUUAGACCUGAGAAGAGUUCCUGAAUUCUUCAAGUUGUUUUAUGGUUUUGACAUGGAGCACAAGGUGGAACGCGAGUGGAUCCUGAAUUUACUGGAGGAAGGAGUAAGCGAUGGACACAGCUAUGAACUGUGCAACAACCAAAGCAUCUUUCAGGUCCUGUUGGGCUUCAGCAGCAGCCCCCUGUGCAGUGAAUAUGUCCAGGUGCAGAUAAUCAAGGUGUUGUGUCAGGCUGCCCGUGUCCUAAAAGCCGUUUAUAACCUCACCAAGAACUGUGGUCUCCUGAGCUGGAUGAUACAAGUAGUUGAUAAAAGGACCCUGACCCCGCAGACAGUAUGUGCGCUCAUUGAGCUGCUUCACACGCUGUGGUUUACCAACGUUCUGCAGAGGGAGAAGAAGGUCGACAGACGUAGCGCCGCCCCGUCUGCCGAGGAGAAGCCUCCGCGUUCAGGCAAAUGCCCGCCCCUCCCGCUCAUCGGUGAAUUUCUCUGCGUGGCAUCGGCUAUCUGCCGGCACCUCAGGCUGGGUGUGAAGGCCGCUCAGCUGAGCCUGUUUGCGCAGACCCUCCACUCCGUCCUUGAGCACCGGGCGACAGCUCUCAGUGUGCACAAACAAACCGAGCGGCUCGCCCUCCGUCCGCAGCCGCUGUCCUCCGCUGAAACGCUCUCCCUGCUUCUCUGCUGGGCCUCUCUGUCCCGCAACGCCGCCGUUCUGGGCCAAAUACAAGCGCUGUCUGAAAAGCACAGGUUGAAGGAGCUAACGGGGAUAUGGAAGCAUAAGGUGCGAAGUAAGGGCCGCGGCGCCCCAGAACGCACCCGAGAGGAGGACUCUCCAGAGGACGGCGGGACUGUGAAAGAAGAAGAGGGUCUUCUGGCAGGCUGCAAAGUUCACCUCUGCGGUAUAUUCGUUCACUGGGAGCCUGUGUUCAGACUCUCAGAGCCGCAGUCAGCUCAGCCAAGAGACAAACUGGAUGCCGGUCAGCUGGCCUGUGAUACCGCGCACCUGCUUACUAAGUGGUCCCUGCGGUGGCUGGUGGAGGACGCGCACGACGAAGCCAGAACAAAAGAGUUCCUGAGCUGGUUCGAAAGGGCCGCGGUCAAACACAGGGAAGUGGUGGACGUUUUGAUGCUGGACCCCGGCUCGAAAGCAGACCUCCUUCAGCUCUUCCAUCACACCUUUGAAGCUCGGGGUCAUUCCAGCGCUUCAGCGAGGAUGGAAACCUGCCAGCUCUUCACCAACAUCAUGAUCCGCUUAUUGGAGAUGCAAGGCCAGCUUCAGGAGCGCCAUCGGGCCGUCAUCGCCGCCUGCAUGCCGGAUCAGGAUCAGUCCAGACACGAACCCGGACUGUUUCUGCUGUCCUUGUACAUCCAUGAGCUGUGGAGCGGAGCCGCUUCGGCAGACCUGUUCCUGUCCCACGUCAGCUUGGUGACCGGAGCCAAGUGCAAAAGACAAAAGGGGUCCAAAUCAUCAAAGACUCUAACAGCCAUCAGAGCCAUCUGUAACGACAUCAUCAGGAUAGAAAGUCAAUUAACAAACACCUAGAAAUGUCAUUUUGCAUUUUCAGACCCCAACAAGUUUGACAGACUUUCAUUUUAGCUUUUUUUUUUUAUUUAGUUUUGAAGAGGCCUGGGAAGUUUGUAAGCAUGAAUUAAAUAUUUGAAUGGAAUGUUGAUUUUUCAAGUCAAGAAAAUGAAACGUGUAUUUUUUCAGUGCAGGGUUCUUUUGUUGUAUAUUAAUGUUAAACACAAGUCUCUCUGUGAUUUACAUUAAAGUAGACAAUAUGGCCAGUU